UCAGGAGCAUCUAGAGUCAUCGUCUCCCUAUCCAUCCAUUAUUCUCUUCUCCGAUGAGUCCAUGACAAGCGACCGACCACCUCCACGACGACGACCCACCACCAGCAGCGGCGGCGGCGGCGGCGGCGGAAGAUGAGACCUCCACCCGCGCCGCUCUCCGGCCGUGCCUCCCCGCCUCCCCACCUGCUCCUCCUCUCCAACUCCUCCCUCGCGCCGUCGCUGCCCACGGUCGCUGCCGCCUGCCGCAUGCCUCCCGCCGCGGCGGCGGCGGCUCGCUCCGUCUCCGUCUCCGUCUCCACCGCCGUCGACGCGCCCACGGCGGCCGCCGCGGAGCCCGCGCGAGGGGACGCGGCCCCCGCGCCGGCGGCGCCGCCGCGGCGACGGCUCAUCCUCCUCCGGCACGGGGAGAGCGCCGCCGGAGGGCGCCUCACCAGAGAUCAUGACAGACCUCUAAGCAAAGCAGGGAGAGCUGCUGCAAUCAGUGUUUCUAACAAGCUACAACAGAUGGGAUGGAUACCUGAGCUCGUCCUAUGCAGUGAUGCAACUCGUACAAAGGAAACUCUUAAGAUCUUGCAAGACCAUGUUAAGGGAUUGUCUGAAGCAAUCGUUCACUUUAUCCCAAGUUUCUAUUCAAUUGCAGCAAUGGAUGGUCAAACUGCUGAACAUUUGCAAAAGGCAAUUUGUCAAUAUUCAAGUGAUGAAAUCCUAACUGUAAUGUGUAUGGGACAUAAUAAAGGAUGGGAAGAAGCAGCCUCUAUGUUCUCUGGUGAUUCAGUAGUGCUUAAGACAUGUAAUGCUGCAUUGCUUGAGGCUGAAGGAAAAUCAUGGGUUGAGGCCUUUUCGCUGGCUGGGCUUGGGGGAUGGAAGCUUCAUGGCAUUGUAAAGCCAUAAAUCGUUGUAACUAAAGAUAGAUGCCAUUUUUGUAGCUGUUUUCUUAAUCCUCAUUUAGUCAUUUUUCCUCUUGUAUAAGUUGUAACAAUCGUUAGAUCUCACCGAAGGAAUAACAUGAAUAGAUAGAUGAGAUAAAUGAAAACCUCUAGAUGCAUUAAAUACCAGUACUGUAUCUGAUAAAACCAAGUUUAUAGAGCGGCCAAAAAAAUGCUUGGUUCUAUCUUAUAGGUAUAAGUUCACUUUGGCUACCUUGACUAGUCACCGAAUCUUAUCACCCAAUUAUUAAAACCGAUGUAAUUUAUCUUUCUCAGUGGUUUUAAAA